AUGGGGUGGCCUGCCCUCUGGACCCUGGUGCCUCUCCUCUGUCUCUCCCCGUCCCAGGCCCUGGGCCAGGAGGGAGGCACUUGUCCAGAAGUGAAGAUCGUGGGUCUGGGGGCCCUGGACAAGAUGACCGUCGUCCAGGUUUGCCCUGGCUCUCCUGGCCUGCCGGGGCCCAAAGGGGAACCAGGCGCCCCUGGUGGGAGAGGUGGGUGCCUGGAGCGCGGGGGGCCCCCAGGCAGCCCAGGGAAGAUGGGGCCGGCCGGGAGCUAAGGGAACAGGGGAGCUCUUGGGACCCCCGGAGACAGAGGGGAGAAAGGCUCCAAGGGGGCUGCGGCCUUGCUGGGGAAGAAGGAGCUGUGGGCCGCGCUGUGCCAGCAAGGGGCCCGGAGCUGCAAGGACGUGCUGGCCCAGGGGGGCUCCCUGACCCGCUGGUACACCAUCUACCUCCCCAACUGCCAGCCGCUGACCGUGCUCUGCGACAUGGACGUGGAUGGCGGGGGCUGGACUGUGUUCCAGCGACGCGUGGACGGCUCUGUGGAUUUCUUCCGGGACUGGGAGUCCUACAAAAGAGGCUUUGGCCACCUGGGCACGGAGUUCAGGCUGGGCAAUGAUCACCUGCACUGGCUCACAGCUGGAGGGAACCAGGAGCUCCAGGUCAACCUGAAGGAUUUCAAAGGUGGAACUUCUUAUGCCAAAUACAGCUCCUUCCAGCUGUCUGGAGAAGAGGAGAAGUACAAGCUGGUCCUGGGGCCAUUUCUGGGGGAACUCUGGUCUUUCCCAGGAGACUCCUUGGGGAGCCAUAGGAACAAGCCGUUCACAACCUACGACCAGGACAAUGACAGUAACAGCCAGUUCAGUUGUGCAUCCCUGUUCAAGGGGGCCUGGUAGUACUAUGACUGCCACCUCUCCAACCUCAAUGGCCAGUACCUGCCCGGCAUCCACAAGAGUUGUGCGGACAGCAUUAACUGGUAGUCUGGCCAGGGCCACAAUUACUCCUACAAGGUCUCGGAGAUGAAGAUCCGGCCAGCCUAG